AUGCGUUUUCAGAUGCAGGCAACGCUAAAUACCUGUGCGGAGAUCGAACUCAUGGCUAGAAGUACGAAGACGAUCUACAGCGCCACUUCCACUUUGAUCGCCAAUUCGUUGUUAUACUCUUCGCUUUUUCUCAUCGUUCUUUUCUCUCUAAUCAGCAUAAAUUCUCGAAUUCGCUCCUCGCCUCUGUCUCCGUCUUCGUCUUCUCCUCACACUGACAAACAGGUACCUACGAAUGAAAAAUUGGAGAGGCUGGAAAUAGGUUUGGCUCGAGCUCGAGCCGACAUACUUGCAGCCGGACGUAAACGCCGCUAUGUGUCCUACGAGAACGACACUUUCAUUCCAAGAGGUUCCAUUUACAGAAAUCCCUACGCCUUUCAUCAGAGCUACAGAGAAAUGGAGAAUAAGCUAAGAAUAUGGGUGUACAAAGAAGGCGAGCCUCCAAUUUUCCACAGCGGUCCUAUGAAAGACAUCUACUCCAUCGAAGGUCACCUUCUGGAGCACCUCCACAACCGCCGGAACCCUCUCGCCGCCGCCGCGCCGGAAGAGGCCACCGCCUUCUACCUCCCCAUCGGCUUCACCAACAUCAUUCACUACCUCUACACCCCGCGCGUGCACUACAACCGCCGCCUCCUCCAGAACGUCGUCGAGGACUACGUAUCCCUCCUCGCCGAAAAGUACCCAUACUGGAACCGCACGGGCGGCGCCGACCACUUCUUCGUCGGCUGCCACGACUGGGCUCCCGACGCCUCCGCCGCCAAUCCCGACCUCUUCCGCAACCUCAUCCGCGUCCUCUGCAAUGCCAACGCCUCCGAAAGCUUCCGGCCUGAGAGAGACGUCUCGCUGCCGGAAAUCAACGUUCCAGAUGACGCCCUCGGCCCGCCGGACGUCACCUCCACGGCGGCGCGCAACCGGAGCAUUCUCGCAUUCUUCGCCGGCGGGCGGCACGGGUACGUGCGGGAGAAGCUUCUAGAUUAUUGGAAGGGCCGGGACCCGGAGGUCCAGGUGCACGAGUAUUUACCGGGGGGCGUGAACUACUUUGAAGAGAUGGCACGUGCGAAGUACUGCCUGUGUCCGAGCGGGUGGGAGGUGGCGAGCCCCCGGCUGGUGGAGUCGAUGCACGUGGGGUGCGUGCCGGUGGUGGUUUCCGAUGGGUACGUGCUGCCGUUCAGCGACGUCCUGGACUGGGGGAGGUUCUCGGUGCACGUGCCGGUGGGGAGAAUAGCGGAGAUAAAGAAGAUUCUAGAAGGUAUAAAGGAGGAGGAGUAUUUGGAGCUGCAGAGAGGGGUGGCGGCGGCGAAGCGCCACUUCCUGCUGCACCGCCCGGCGAGGCCGUACGAUUUGUUGCACAUGGUUUUGCAUUCGGUGUGGCUCCGACGCAUAAACAUCAGCCCUCUUCACCGAAAGCAAUUGAUAUUCGCAAGGGAGGGAUUCAAAAAUAACCUCAACAAAUUCGUUGCACAGGUAAAAAUUUAUAGUUUCUUAAAUUAGUGUUAUUGUUUCU